AUGAGGAAUUUACCUCGCCGUGGUAGUGGUUUUGAUGGUAAUCAAUAUAAUUCUCCAAAUGGACACAAUCAAUAUAAUUAUCAAGAUCGGAACAACAGAUAUUAUCCAAAUUUUUCUCGUCAUAAUUAUGAACCACGACACUGUUAUUAUGGUUAUAAUAUUGGUGGCAAUAUGCACCGACCACCACCACGAUACCAUCGAUUUUAUCAAGAGACAACAAAUAGAAGAAAUAUACACCAACCAAGAACUCGUUUUUUCCAAGACAGAAUCAAUGGUUCAAAUCAAGAACAAAACGAAGCAAUAUUAAUCGUGAAUGUUUUCAUGAAUUUGAAUCCAAGAGUAUUUAAUAGACAUAUACGUUGA